GGCGAUUGCAGAUGCUUGCAGACAGUUACAGACGGUUACUGACGGUUGCAGACAGUUACUGACGGUUGCAGACGGUGGGUGACGGUUGCAGACGGUGGGUGACGGUUGCAGACGGUUGCAGACGGUGGGCGACGGUUGCAGACGGUGGGUGACGGUUGCAGACGGUUGCAGACGGUGGCAGACGGUUGCAGACGGUGGCAGGCGGUUGCAGACGGUUGCAGGCCGUUACAGACGGUUGCAGACCGCUACUGGCGGUUGCAGGCGGUGGAGUCCGGUGCUGCAUGAUGCAGGAUGGCGCUGCUGCUGCCCCCUGUCGGUUCAGAGAUCUUCAGACGCUUCCAGCCCGACUCGCUGGAGAAAAUCCAACGACGACAUGAAGCCAAGGAGGAGGAACAGCAAAGGAGGAAGGAGAAGAACAUAGAGGUAGCAGAGGAGGAUCUUCCUAAACCAGCCAGUGACCUGGAGGCUGGGAAGCCCCUCCCUUUCAUCUAUGGGGACCCGCCCCCUGAGUUCCUCAACACACCAUUGGAGGAGCUGGAUCCCUUCUACCAAUCAGAACAGACGUUCAUCGUGCUGGGUAAGGGUAACACCAUCUUCCGGUUUAACGCUGAGCCGGCAUGUUAUCUGCUGAGUCCAUGCAGUCGACUGAGGAUCGCCGCCAUCAGGAUCCUCAUCCACUCUCUGUUCAGUUUGUUCAUCAUGGUGACCAUCCUGGCCAACUGCGCCUUCAUGACGCUGAGCAAUCCUCCGGCCUGGAGCAAGAUCGUGGAGUGAGUGAAAAUAAUUCACAUUGAUACA